UGAGCGAAUACUUUUGGCAAUAUAGUGUAUGUAACCAGAAGUCGAUUGGAGGGAUUACCUUAACAAAUGUAAAUGAAAUGUCUUUCUGUGAGGUGAAAUUAGCUUUUAGAGGCAGUAAACGCUUCAGACGUCUAGUUACUAGUCUUACUCUGUACGUGUCUCAUGAUCAGUGAGUAUCUCACAUCAAAUCUCUCGGAAUGGCUUUGUUUAAAUCUUACAGAUUAAUUGUGCACAAUUUUUGAAAAAUGGGUGGAGGUCCCCUUUAAAUCAGUAGCGUUUCAGGUCCUGUUAGCCAACAUAUAGAAGCGUAAGUUACCUCCUCAGCCGUUAGUGACCCAUUCAGCUAAAGAAAGGGGGAUGUAAAGAACCGGUAAACGGACUAAACCUGAGGACUGGGCUGGACUUCAGGAACCAAACGGACUCGAAAUUUAAACGGCAAAAUAAUGUGAGGUUCACCAGCAAGUUACCAGGUUAUUAGCAUUUCCUAGACCGCAUAAGUAGUUGGGUUUACCUUUAGCGUCGAGCAUUAACUUUAAGCCUGACUCGAAGCUGCAGAUCAGUAAAUGCUAAGACGCCGACUGUCUUUCUGGUGGAGCUUCUAAGCUUGUUUCUGUUCACGGCUGGAACCGAGACUGAACUCUGGCUGCCUGCGAGCAGGAGACUUUAACACAGAGCGAUGAAGGUGCUGACCAAAGAGGAGCUGAAGCUGGCAGAGAAGACCCUCAGACACUACCUGCCGAAGUCUCAGCAGGUGUAUGGAUUUGUUGUUUUGAUAAAUCGAGUGGAAGCCGACCCUGUAGAUGUGCUAGUUGACCACUGGCCUGACUUUAGUGUGCUCCUCGUCAAGCCAAUGCGACAGGAGGAAGCAGAUCUUUAUAAAGGUGUUUGCAUUUUUGCCAAAGACGGUGUUGCCCUCAAGAACGUGCUACUUGAGACGGACAUUCUUGACUGGACGCAGUACCUCUGUCUGAGUUUUGAUUUGUGCUAUGAAGAGACGGUGAAGGCUGUAGCAGCAAACAGAGGCGUGAAAGGGACCAAAAUGUCUGUGUGCCACAUGAUAAAACUGGAUGAUUGCUCUGAUCUUCCAACUGACGGGUUAUCAGUACAGGUGUCAUCGCUCCAGGAGUCUCACACUGCUCUGGUCAACAGUACAUGGAAGUUUGGAAGUGGAAAAUUCAGUGAACGAAUGAUUAGGAACAUGAUCCUGAAUUUUCCUUCGUGUUGUGUGUUGGACUCAGAUGGUCAGCCAGUGGCAUGGAUACUGACCUACUGUGACUGUGCAAUGGGAAUACUGUACACAAUGCCGGAGCACAGAAAGAAAGGCUAUGCCAAGGCCCUGGUCAGUAUAAUGGCAAAGAAGCUCCAUUCGGAGGGCUACCCAUUGUACUGCUUCAUUGAGGAACACAACAGGCUGUCUUACAGUCUCUUUGCAAGUUUGGGUUUCACUGAGGACCCGUCUUACAGGGUUACCUGGUACAGCUUCAAUGAGAUGUUUCUCAAUCCUCAGUAAUUUGUUAGCCUCUUAGUCAGUUACCCUUUCUACCUUAUUUCAUAUCGCUGGUCAUAUACUCAGCACAAUCAAUCUUAUAAAAUCAUUUAAAAGACAAUUUUUGUUUUCUUGUACA